AUGAUGAUCAAUGCUAAUUUGAUGUUGAUGGUGGUCUUUCUGUGGGCGGGAACAUUACCAGUGGCCAGUCCCUUCAUGUUAAAAAGACAAACACCAGCUGUAGAGUGUCCACAAGGUGUGAAUAUCACUAACUCUGAUGUUGUAACAGAAUCCAGAAAAUUUAAUGAAGAUUUCCGUUUUAACUGUUCAGUUGGCUUCACUCAGAAUGGUGGGAGGGGUUGUCUGAGGUGUGAUGAAAACGGUACCUGGAUAGAACUGAAAGCUUGUCAAGCUUUAGAGUGUCCACAAGGUGAGAUUAUCACUAACUCUGAUGUUGUAACAGAAUCCAGUCCAAUAAAUGAAGAUUUCCGUUUUGACUGUUCAGUUGGCUUCACUCAGAAUGGUGAGACGGGUAUGCUGAGGUGUGAUGAAAAUGGUACCUGGAUAGAACAGAAAGCUUGUCAAGCUGUAGUGUGUCCACAAGGUGUGAAUAUCACUAACUCUGAUGAUGUAACAGAAUCCAGAACAUUUAAUGAAGAUUUCCGUUUUGACUGUUUGGUUGGCUUCACUCAAAAUGGUGGGAGGGGUUGUCUGAGGUGUGAUGAAAAUGGUACCUGGAUAGAACUGAAAGCUUGUCAAGCUUUAGAGUGUCCACAAGGUGAGAUUAUCACUAACUCUGAUGUUGUAACAGAAUCCAGUCCAAUAAAUGAAGAUUUCAGUUUUGACUGUUCAGUUGGCUUCACUCAGAAUGGUGAGACGGGUAUGCUGAGGUGUGAUGAAAAUGGUACCUGGAUAGAACAGAAAGCUUGUCAAGCUGUAGAGUGUCCACAAGGUGACAUUAUCACUAACUCUGAUGUUGUAACAGAAUCCAGAAAAUUUAAUGAAGAUUUCCGUUUUGACUGUUCAGUUGGCUUCACUCAGAAUGGUGUGACGGGUAGUCUGAGGUGUGAUGAAAAUGGUACCUGGAUAGAACAGAAAGCUUGUCAAGCUGUAGAAUGUCCACAAGGUGAGAAUAUCACUCUCUCUGAUGAUGUAACAGAAUCCAGUACUGUUGGAGGACUUUUUAAGUUUAGGUGCUUAGCUGGCUUCGUUGAAACUGGUACUCUGGGGUGUGAGGAAAAUGGUACUUGGACCGAACAGAAAGCUUGUCAAGUGGUACUUAAUGUAGUAGUGAAAGGCAAUAAACUGAAAGAACUAUCUGGAACGAAUUGUACAAAAGAAUGUGCCGAAGAACCCAUGUGUGGCUAUGGUCAAACAAUCGAUUGUGGAUGCAAGUUAUAUAGAAAACCAGUUAUCUACUUCUAUAAACACAUUCCAAAUCUUCCGAAAUGCAUCCAAAAAUGUAAUGAAGAACCAAGAUGUUUGACAAUGCACUAUAUUUAUCCCUUAAAAGUUUGCUUUUUAUACAAUACUGACCUCACCACAAUAAAUAAUACAGAUGGAUUGGAGGUAGUUAACGAUAAAUCAGGUGCCGUUAUAGAGAAAUCUGGUUUUGAUUUCGUUAAUACACCAUAA